UCGCCACAUUAGCCCACCCACUGCGAAUCUCUCCACUACUCCCAGCCCACGCGCCCCCGCGCCCCACGCGCCCCCACGCGCAGCCCACCCCCCCUCCCUUCCCCUUCGUCUUCCAUCUCCCUCCCUCGCCCCCGCGAUAUAACCACACCGCAGCAACCGCCCUCUGGCCUGGCCUCGAAUGCCGCCGAUCCCGUGACGGCGAGAUGGAACCCACCGGCUUCCGCCACCGCCGAUCUCCCUCCGGCGACCGCUUCCUCGGCGCUUUCUCGUUCUCGCCCACUCCCGGCUCCGCCUUCCCCCCCGGCGGGGUAGGCGGAGGAGGAGGCGGAGGCGGCGGCGACGAGCUCAACGAGGCCGAGGUCUGCUUCUCCGGCGACUUCCCCGAGCCCAGGGCCCGCCACCGAUCCGCGCUCUCCUCCUCCUCCUCCUCCGACGCGGCCCUCUGGGCCCCCCGCGGGGGGCGGCGCCACCUGCUGACCGGGCAGCUCCAGGGCAACGGCAUCCUCGCCGCGCUGCACGGAGGGGGGGCGGCGCCGGCGUCCAACGUCGUGAUCCCCUCCAUGUCGUCGUCGUCGUCGUCGUCCCCGUCGAAGCCGGUCCCGCCGACGGCGCCGCGGCGGCACCCGGGGGCCCAGGAGAGGGAGUACUCGCAGUCGGUGCCGUGCGGGAAGUUCCAGCAGUCGUCGGCGCCGAUGAACGUCCCGGCCCCGCUGGCGGCGAUGCCGAAGCAGGGGAGGAACAGGUUCUUCGAGGUGGACAACGAUUUCGAGGACGACGAGAUGCUCCCGCCCCACGAGAUCGUCGCAAGGGGAUCCGGCAUGUCGCCGAGGACGACCUUCUCCGUGCUUGAAGGUGCCGGGAGGACCUUGAAGGGGAGGGAUCUGCGGCAGGUGAGGAACGCCAUUUGGCGCCAAACUGGGUUCCUGGAUUGAACGCCAUUGGAAUUGAAAUUGAACUCGAACUCGAACUCGAACUCCAAUCGUAUGUGGAGAUAAUGCUUUUUGUUUGCCGUAAUCUUAUAGGACUUGGUUCAUGAGGAGUAUGAUUUUGUUGAUAAAAAAACAGUCUUGUAAAGGGUUAGUGAAAAGGGUAAAGUAAAUGGCGUAUGGCCGAUAUCUAUGUUCGACUUUGUAACUUUCGGGCAGGCGAAAAAGCUUGAUUUUAGCCGGUUCAGCGCGGUUUUUUCCUGAUGAUGGCAUUUAGCAUCAUUCGGUAUAGGUUACCAGAUGUUGGCGGUAUGAUUUGGUAGAUCUCUGUUAAUGUUUGAGACCCAAAGUACAAUGUUUCUUCAGACAAUUGGAUAGAAUACUGCAUGCUGAGGAAUGUAAGCAAGGUUCUUCAAGUUUAGAGUCUGUAUGGUGCUUGCUUUCUGAUUAUGUUGCGUUUGUGAUGUCGAUGCCGAUAUGCUAAAAUGGGCGGAUAAUUCAUUGGUGCAA